UUUGAAAUUCCUCGACGCUAGAUCGCGUUUAUGUCGCGGCGAAAAUGCAUUCUCUGAGCUACUGUAUGAAUUUACUCUGUGAACACGCUUCAGCUCCAUUCCACGCCAUUUCAGGAGGGUGUUCAGUGCUUGUUCUCUUAUGAGCUAAGGUCUUUACGACGACUUGCACUUUUAAUUAUUAAAAAUGACUUCCAAAGCCGAAUUAGCUUGUGUAUAUUCUGCGCUAAUUCUUGCAGAUGACGAUGUUGCAGUUACAGGAGAGAAAAUACAAACCAUUCUGAAGGCUGCAGGCGUUGAUGUUGAACCCUACUGGCCUGGACUGUUCGCGAAGGCUCUGGAGGGUAUCAGUGUUAAAGAUUUGAUAACAAACGUGGGUUCGGGUAUUGGAGUUGGUGGUGGCGGCGGUGCGCCCGGAGCUCCUGCUGCGGCAGCAGCUGCAGCUUCCGAAGCCCCAGCAGAAAAGAAGGAAGAGGCUAAGAAGAAGGAGGAGUCUGAAGAAUCGGACGAUGAUAUGGGUUUCGGUCUGUUUGACUAGACUGCUCAUUCCAAGAAAAUGACUUGUAAUAUUUUAAAUAAAAUAUAUAAGUGAAUAUGUCUUUUUGUUACAACCGUUUUCCAUGUGAAAUUAGACUUAAAUCAAACUUCAAUAUCUUAAAUAUUUUUACUAUCUUACUCAAAUAUUUGCAUGAUUUAUGAAGGUUAAGUAGUUGUUUGAAGCCAAAAGUAAAUUUUCAUAGUUUAUUCGGUCUAAAAUGCAGGGGUGUGAAACUACUUGAAAAUGGAUUUGUGAUAUUAGUUUCGCAAGAAUGUACUUUUGUUUCUGGGGCCAUUAUUCACUUGUGCUUUGUUACUUUGUCAGCUCGUGGGUGCUUCAGUUGCAUGCAAGUUUCAACUUGUCAGCAAGAUAAGAUUAUAAACUUGGUUUUGAUAAUUACGGUUAUUCUUGGUAAUGGUUUACAAUUUUAAAUUGAUGCAAAUGGGUAUUAAGGGGUUCAACUAAAUGUUGAAUCUUAUGGCUUCUAGGCAGUGGGAACAUUUAAUCUCUAAACAUUGAAACUU